AUGCCUUGCACUUCCAUGAUGCCAUGACAAAUUCAGAUUCAUGUAUGCCAUCUCUAGCCAAGUAAUUCCAGUCUCCUUUCUCACUCUAUUCUUCAUUCUCUUUCGACUUCCCACUUCAACUUUCCAGUCCCACAAUACACAUUAUACAAUAGGGGUGGCAAUGGGCCGAGCCCCGACCUUGGACCCAAGGGUUAUACCUGAUCUGGGUCCAGGUAUAGGUCUAAAAUUUGGAUAGUUAUCUCACAUUUCUAAAUUCAGAAAUCUGCAUUUACAUAAUUGUAAGCAGUUGGUAAGUAUGCCUGAGCUUCCUACCGAUUUAAUAAAUCUUAAUGCUUUUGGAUGUGAAAGUCUGAAAAGUAUGCCCAAACUAUCUCACCUUUUUGAACUAGGAGAGCUGUGUUUAUAUGAUUAUGAGCAGCUGAUAGAUGUCCCUGAGCUCCCUAGCAGUUUGAAACAGCUAGAUGCUUCCGAAUGCAGAAGUUUGAAAACUAUGGCCAAGCUAUCUCACCUUUCUGAAUUAGGAUAGUUGUGUUUAUAUGAUUGUGAGCAGCUGAUAGAUAUUCCUGAACUCCCUAGCAGUUUGAAACAGCUAGAUGCUUCCGGAUGCAAAAGUUUGAAAACUAUGGCCAAGCUAUCUCACCUUUCUGAAUUAGGAAAGCUACAUUUAUAUGAUUGUGAGCAGCUGAUAGAUAUCCCUGAGCUCCCUAGUAGUUUGAAACAGUUAGAUGCUUCCGGAUGCAAAAGUUUGAAAACUAUGGCCAAGCUAUCUCACCUUUAUGAACUAAGAGAAUUGCGUUUAUAUGAUUGUGAGUACUAUUUAAGAUCUCUCAAUGCUUACAGAUACAAAAGUUUGGAAACUAUGCGCAAGCUCCUUUCUGAACUAGGAGAGUUGCAUCUAUAUGAUUAUCUGGUAGCAAUUCCUGAGCUUCCCACCAGUUUAAAAUCUUUUAAUGCUUCCGGAUGCAAAAGUUUGAAAACUAUGUCCAAGCUAUCUCACCUUUCUAAAGUACAAUGCUUGUUUGCGAGUUAUUGUGAGAAGCUAUUUGCUGUCCAGGAUCUCCCCAGCACUUGGGCAGAAGCUUUGCAUGCUAUUGUUGCAAAUUAUGCACAACCUCUCUCACCUUUCUCAAUUUCAAGUAUUGGUUCUCAGAAACUGUAGGAGACUGAAUGAGAUACAGGGCCUUAGUGGAUUGAAAUCUUUGAGAAUAUUGCAAUUGAGGGGGGGCAGCCUGCACAUUUUGAGGGGUCAAAGUCUAGCAAAGGUAGGUUACUGCACAAGAAAACUACUGUUUAGUUAUUGAGUUACCUUUCUUUGUCUACUAUUUUUUUUAAUUUUAUUUGUUUAUUUAUUUUUAUGUAUUUUGAUAUAUAUUAUAUACAUUUUUGUAGGAAACGUCUACUAGUCUAAAAAGGUGAAGUAUUCCAGGAAGUAAGUUUCCAGAUUGGUUCAUGUGUUCGUGCACAGUGCUGAAACUUUUAGAAGUGGGCCUCCAUGUAAGGAAACUGCUAGUGUGCUUUGCUUAUUCUACUAAUGACACUGAUUAAUUUCUUGAGUUAUUAAUCAAGUGGAAAUGGGGAAAAGCGAGCUCUUUCAUUGGCAUUAAAACCAUGGGCCCACCAAAAUCAAAGAUCUUCUUACCGUUUUUGGGGUGGUUAUGAUGUUGAAAUGAACUGGUUGAAAGAUGGGGAUCAAAUUGAACUCGUAACUCAUAAAAUGGAGAGAUCCAUCUGGUCUACAAAUCAGAAGAUACCAAGGAUUCCAUUCAAGAAAGACUGGCUGACUUCUUCAUCUCAUUGUCAAGUGACUUGACAAUUUACAGCUUCAUAAGUUACCGACAAUUUUCAGGUUUGGAAUCCUAAAAUAUACUUCCUUUUUGCAUGACAAACAUAUUAAAAAAUGGCUUACAAACAUCAGCUGCCUUUCUAUUAAAUGGUAUUUUACUCGAAGAUUUCAAAUGAAAAUUGCCUGUUUUUGCCUCAUUUCUUUCAUUUUUUCAAUUCCUAAGGCCUCCUAUGAACGAAGACUUGCUAAAUUUUUUUAUAUUGAAAAUUGAUCAGCACAGCUUGAUUUAUACUACAGGACUUUGUGUGUGUUUGUGAUUGUAUUUCUUUGUUUUUUUUUCUGGGGAUGCCAUGUGUUAGAGGUCGUGGCAUGACCCAGUAUACUAAGAAUUUAUAGAUGGGUGUGGUUUCUAUAAAAGGUUGCAACCGUAAACAAUCCAAUUA